AUGCGAGAGGACGACCACAUAUCUAGAGAACAGUGCGACCGAUCUGCCCACUACCGCUCUGUACAUGGAUCCUCUUCUCGCAAUCCCGCGCCGCAUCCCCUCUCGCCCUGCCGGCGAGAGCGCGGCCCGCUGAGGCGGCGACCGUCGUUCAAGCGCCGGUGGCAGCAGCGGUCAUGGUGGGUGCGCCUCUUGCUCUCCCUCCUCCUCGCUCUCGCAUGCGUCCUCCUCCUCGCUGUCCUCCUCGGCUCCCCCGACCCCGACACCUCGCCGUCCACCUCCACCGCGUCCUCCGGAUCCGAGGUCACCUCCUCCCCUCUCCUCAGUCAGAUUUUGGACUACGUCGGCGCCUUCAUAAUGCCAUGUGGGAACUGCUUCUACCGCGUUAAGGGCCAAGAAGAUCUGUGCGAGUCUUUCUUCAUGUAUAAUCGUGCCAAGGGGACACUCUAUGAUGGCGAGACACGACUGUUUCUAAGGGGCAAUGGGAAACCAGUGUACAUGUAUAGUAUGGGAGGGCUUGCAGAGUAUUGUGUUGUCCCAGCCAAUGCGCUAGCAGUUCUUCCUGACUCACUGCCAUAUACAGAAUCAGAAAUUUUAGGAUGUGUAGUGUUUACCUCGUAUGGUGCCCUAAGGCAUGCUGCUGAAAUGCGGCCUAGUGAUUCGGUAGCUGUGAUUGGAGUUGGAGGGGUUGGCAGUUCUUUUAUUUGCAACUGUUUACAGAUAGCAAAAGCCUUUGGAGCUUCCCAAGUCAUUGCGGUGGAUGUCCUUGAUGAGAAGCUCCAGAAUGCUACAACACUUGGAGCCACCCACACUGUAAAUGCAGCAAAUGAUGAUGCAGUUGAAAGGAUAAAGGAAAUUACUGAUGGUAGGGGUGUAGAUGUGGCUAUAGAGGCACUUGGUAAGGCGUUAACAUUUUCCCAGUGCGCCAAGAGUGUGCGUGAUGGAGGCAAAGCUGUUAUGAUCGGGCUUGCUGCAACAAACGUAAUGGGAGAGGUUGAUAUAACCCAUCUUGUCCGACGACAGGUGAAAAUCAUUGGCUCAUAUGGCGCAAGGGCCAGGCAAGACCUUCAUCAGAUAGUGAAGCUCGCGGAGAGUGGUGCCUUCAAUCUCCAGAACACCAUAUCAAGGAAAUGCAAAUUCGAGGAGGCGAAUGGCGCCUAUGAGGAUCUCAAUCAUGGCAAGAUCGUAGGACGAGCUGUGGUUGAGAUCAUGGAGUGAUGACGGACAAGGUAUUCAAUCCUGUGGUUCCAAGUCUGGGUCACAAACAAUAAAGUUUUGCGUGCUCUUUCACAACAUUGUCAAAAUCUGUAGAUGACCAAACUGCAUUGUGUGUGUGUGUGACAGUGUGUUGCUGGAAUUAA